CAGCCGUGGCAUCGUUCUCUCGGUUCACGUUCCCUCUUCAAAGAUGGUAACCGGAAGUCACAGAGUCCGGGCGGAAGUCGUUGCAUCCCGGCGCCCGUUUCUAGAGAAGCAUCCUGGGUAAAGUUUGCGCCAUUUCCAACCCUAUGCCCGGUUGUAAGAUGGCGGCGCCCAGUGAUGGUUUCCAGACACGUGAACGGCGCAAUCGGGAGCCGGAGCGAGAAUGGGAUGCGGUGGAACCGAAACGGCCCCGCCUCGGAGCGGGGAGCAAAAUCGGGGGUCGGAGGCUCGUGGUGGUGCUGGAAGGGGCCAGCCUGGAGACUGUCAAGGUAGGGAAAACCUAUGAGCUGCUCAACUGUGACAAACACAAAUCUAUACUUUUGAAAAAUGGACGGGACCCUGGAGAAGUCAGACCUGACAUAGCCCACCAGAGCUUGUUGAUGCUGAUGGACAGCCCCCUGAACCGUGCUGGCUUGCUCCAGGUUUAUAUCCAUACUCAAAAAAAUGUUCUGAUUGAGGUGAACCCCCAGACUCGGAUUCCUCGGACCUUUGACCGCUUCUGUGGCCUCAUGGUUCAGCUCCUGCACAAACUCAGUGUUCGAGCAGCUGAUGGCCCCCAGAAGCUGUUGAAGGUGAUUAAGAAUCCAGUGUCAGACCAUUUUCCUGCAGGCUGUAUGAAGAUUGGCACUUCCUUUUCUGUCCCUGUUGUCAGUGAUGUUAAAGAGCUGGCUCCCAGCAGUGACCCUAUUGUCUUUGUCGUUGGGGCCUUUGCCCAUGGCUCGAUCAAUGUGGAUUACACAGAGAAGAUGGUAUCCAUCAGCAACUAUCCCCUUUCUGCUGCUCUUACCUGUGCCAAACUUACCACAGCCUUUGAGGAAGCAUGGGGUAUCAUUUAACAAUGGAAGACAUUGCUCCCAUACAUUAAGACUGUUUAUCACAUCGUGAAAGCCAUGGAACUGACUGCUGGACAGUCCUGCUUACAGGAUCUUAUUGUACCAAAGGACUUUUAGACUGUUCUUUUCGUAUUGGCUUCUCCAUAUAAA